AUGCGAGAUGCCUGCAACGAGGCCCGGGCCUACUUUCUAGCGGUGGUGUGGCCCCAGGAUUUCCCCUUCCGCACCCCACUCUUCCGGCGAUCAGGCCCUGCCUUCUGUGGGAAAUUGGGUGCGCUGUCGUCCUCCCCCAGUCCCUCUACUCCCGGUAGCCUCCGGGGCUCUCGGCAGACAGUUUAUCCGGGGUCUCCCGGCGGGCGCUCCUCCGGCAGCUCCUCCAGGGUGUCCUCGGACGGAGCUCCCCCAGGGUGCCCUCGGCGGGCGCUCCUCCGGGAUGUCCUGGGCAGGCACUCCUUCGGCGCGUCCUCGGAGGCAGCUCCCCCGGGGUGCCCUCGGCAGCGCUCCCCCGGGGAGGCUUCGGAGGCAGCCCCCCGGGAUGGCUUGGGCAGGCACCCCUCCGGGAUGGUUCGCAGGCUGCUCCCCGGGAUGGCUUCGGCGGGCGCUCCUCCGGGAUGGCUUGGGCAGGGUCCCCCGGCCAUUGCGGCAGGCAGUCCCCCGGCGCAUCUUCGGCAGGCAGCUCCUUCGAGUGUCCUCGGAGGCAGCUCCUUCGACGGUCCUCGGCAGGCAGUCCUCCGGGGGUCCUGGGCAGGCAGCCCCUCCGGGGGUCCUGGGGCAGGCAGCCCCUCCGGGGUGCCUCGGCAGGCAGCUCCCCCCGGGGUGCCCCUCGGAGGCAGCUCCUCCGGCGCAUCGCGGAGGCAGUCCCCCGGGCCAUUUUCGGCAGGCAGCUCCCCGGCGCAUCUUCGGCAGUCAGCCCUCCGGCGCAUUUUCGGUAGGCAGCUCCUCCGGGCAUUUUCGGUGGGCAGCUCCCCGACGUGGCGGAGAGUGAGAAGCAUUCGACGCAGCAAAACUGCCAUGGCGAACUCGCAGUUGAAUCUAGGGGCUGCUGGGGAGUGGGGCGAAGAUCGCUCCGAAAACGGGCAGCUUCCUCCUUCCGACGGUUCCCCCCUCUGUAAAUCCACUGGAGCAAUGUAG